GUUUUCCAGCAGUUUUCAGUCAUGAACCGAGAACAGCAUCUGUGUGGGCGGGGCGUAUUUACGCUCCCGUCGACGUCACCGCGCUUACGUAGAGACGGUCUCCGUGCGUUGACGCCAUGAAUCGCUGGUGUGGACCACAUCUCGACAUCGAGGUGUGAAGACAGACGCGUUGAAGGACGUGGGUUUGUUUGUUCUCACCUGCGCUCGAGUGUAACUCCAGCAGCAUGUCCGUCUCCAGCACUCCCACCAGUAAUGAUGCCUGUCUGAGCAUCGUCCACAGUCUCAUGUGCCAUCGGCAGGGAGGAGAGAGCGAGUCCUUCUCCAAACGAGCGAUAGAGAGCUUGGUGAAGAAGCUGAAGGAGAAGAAGGAUGAGUUAGACUCUCUGAUCACUGCCAUCACUACGAACGGAGCUCAUCCCAGUAAAUGUGUGACUAUACAGCGCACGCUCGAUGGUAGACUGCAGGUGGCCGGUCGUAAAGGAUUUCCUCAUGUUAUAUACACACGGCUGUGGCGAUGGCCGGACCUGCACAAGAACGAGCUGAAACAUGUGAAAUACUGCCAGUUUGCCUUUGACCUGAAAUGCGACAACGUGUGUGUGAACCCGUACCACUACGAGAGGGUGGUGUCUCCAAGCAUCGAUCUGUCUGUUCUGACUCUGGGCGGCCCAGGUCCGAGUGUAGAUGCCCUGGUGAAGGAUGAAUUCGAUGCUCAGCCGUCUCAUUCUGCUGCUGAUGGAGGUCACAGUAUUCAAACCAUCCAGCACACAGCCUCUUCCUCUGCCCCGCACGACGCUUUCAACAGCCCCGCCCUCCUGCCGCCAGCCGACUCCACAAGCUCCGCCUCCUCGUCUGCAUUCACCAGUAUGGCUGCAGGUCCAGCCAAUGCCCCCAGCUCAUGGCCCAGAGGAAGCAGUUUUCCUCCCAGCAUCCCUAAUCAGAACGUCCACCUGCAGCACCACCCUCCUCUUCCUCAUACGGGCCAGUACUGGUCAGUCCAUAAUGAGCUGGCGUUGCAGCCGCCCAUAUCCACGCAUCCAGCUCCAGAUUACUGGUGCUCGAUUGCGUACUUUGAGAUGGACAUUCAGGUGGGCGAGACGUUUAAGGUGCCGUCUAACUGUCCCGUCGUGACGGUGGACGGUUAUGUUGACCCGUCGGGUGGAGAUCGCUUCUGUCUCGGCCAGCUGAGUAACGUACAUCGCACAGAGGCCAUCGAGAGAGCCAGGCUUCACAUCGGUAAAGGUGUUCAGCUGGAGUGUAAAGGAGAGGGUGACGUGUGGGUGCACUGCCUCAGUGACCACGCUGUGUUUGUCCAGAGCUAUUAUCUGGACCGCGAGGCUGGACGAGCUCCGGGUGACGCCGUCCACAAGAUUUACCCCAGUGCCUACAUCAAGGUGUUUGAUCUGCGUCAGUGUCAUCGGCAGAUGCAGCAGCAGGCGGCGACGGCUCAGGCUGCAGCAGCUGCGCAGGCGGCUGCGGUGGCGGGAAACAUCCCGGGCCCAUUCUCUGUGAGACACAUCCCCCCCUAUAACAGAGACUCAUAA